GCAGAUCUUACGGAUGAAGAAGGCACCUCCAAAUUCCUGGAUUUAAUUCCUUGUAAUAAAAUCUUGAAUUUUGAAGGGCUUCACCGGCCUCUUCUGGCUGUGCAGCUCACCAAGCUCAAGGAUGGACUCACCAUUGGAAUAGCAUUUAAUCAUGCUGUACUGGACGGUACUUCCACGUGGCACUUCAUGACCUCCUGGGCCGAGCUCUGUUGUGGGUCCACCUCCAUCUCGGUCCCACCUUUCCUCGAACGCACCAAAGCUCGCAACACCCGAGUCAAGCUCAACCUUUCCCCGCCAUCCGACGCACCAGAAUCUGCUAAGUCAGCAACCAAUGGUGAAGUCAUCCCCAGCGUGGACCCACCUCUCCGCGAAAGGCUCUUCAAGUUCUCCGAGUCAGCAAUUGACCAAAUCAAGUCAAAGGUCAACACUAAUCCCCCAGAGGGAUCCUCCGCCCCAUUCUCAACAUUCCAAUCGCUCUCCGCACACGUGUGGCUCGCCGUGACACGUGCCCGCCAGCUCAAGCCGG